AUGGCUCACGUUACGCUGAGUGAUGGCUUGGCCAUCUGGCAACUCGUCUACUACGUUGUAACACUCAUCUGCAGCAUAUUUGUAUCUUUUCGACACGGAUUGGCACGGAGUUCAGGCUGGAUCUUUCUCACGAUAUUCAGCAUCAUACGUGUUGUUGGAUGCUCCGCACAGAUUGCAACGAUAACUGCCACGUCGGACACUGCCGAGACAAUUGCUACUAUACUUGGCUUUUUGGGUCUGUCACCGCUUUUACUAGCCACACUAGGAAUCUUAACUCGAGUAUACUAUUAUCUCCUUGAGCGGCCGUACAACACCGUCUUCAAUCUAUUUGUUGCCAAGAUCGUUCAAAUACCGGCUGUUGUCGCCCUUAUCCUCUGCAUUGUUGGCGCAACAUCGGCAGACACUGCAGCAGACAUUAUGACCCAAGAUACGGUAAAGGACGGAGUGAUUGUCUACCUGGUUGUCCUGAUUCUCCUCAUCCUUCUGACGAUUGGCGCCUACAUCACGCGCCAUGUGACAGAACGACGUGGAGAGAGGACAAUGCUACUCAUUAUAACAUUAUCACUACCAUUCUUACUUGUUCGCAUUAUCAACUCACUUCUUCUCAUCUUUGACAAACACUUUCAAGAUUCGACAGCAGAGGGAUCAACAUCAUCUGUCCUCACAGAACUCUUCAUGGCAAGAAUCGAGGAGAUGAUUGUCGUUCUCUUCUAUCUGUAUGCCGGUCUCACGCAUAAAGCCGUCCCAGAAGGAGAUCAUGGCAAGCGAACCAAUAAGGAAAAGAUCGCGCAUCGGGCUGCCAGAGGAGAUUUUGGUGAUGGCAGGUUGGGGGUGAUAUCUCUGGCAAUUGCGACUGCUGGUGCGAGCUUCAAGAGAGAGAAUGAUAAACCUAGCCAAAAUGACCAAGAUGCUGAAAUUGGGCUAGUACAGUAUCGCACGACAAGAUAG